GAUGUCGUUUUACAGAGCGUUGCUACGUGGUGGUAGUUAACGACUCCUCCCAUUUCUCAAAAUAACUGUCUUCCGGCGGGAAAUUUAAAUCACAAUGGAGGGUACCGAGGUUCCAGUUAAAUCUGGACAACUCAUAAUUUCUGCUAGACAGACUGGUCCAGGUCCCGGGGUAUAUAAACUUCCCCCAAUGGUAGGCUAUAAAAACCAUGAUUUCACAAAAGACAGGAGACCAGCUUACACGUUUGGACAUCGGUAUCCCUUCUUGGAUAAAGAAAUGAGUCCUGGUCCAGCUUAUUUUGUCCGCUCUGGAAUAACGAAUCACGGGAAAGAUGGCAUUCCAGCUUAUACGGCGAGAAGCAAAUUCGGUGAUCAAGGUAUUUUCCGCACGCCUGCACCGAACGCCUACAACACCGACAAGUGUCUUCCGCCGGGAGAGAAAAAAGCCCCGAAGUACACGAUGCGGGCCCGCACGCGUUACCGGCAGACCGACCCGAACCCGGCCCCCAACAAGUACGACGCGCCCCGGGUGAUGGGCCCGAACACCGCCUACACGAAGGCGGAACCCGCCUACACCAUGAGGAAGAACCUGACGAUAGGCAGCUUCUCCGAGGACCUGGGCAAGUCUCCGGGACCGAGCAUGUACGACGCCACCAGCACCAACGUGUACCGCGACCGGCAGCCCAUCUACUCACUGCGCCAGCUUACCAAGUUGCCGGGAGACGAGAUGACGAAACCGGGACCGGCGGCGCAUCGUCGCGAGGACGUCACUGUGAACAUGCCGCGAGCGCCGGCGUUCCCCAUGGGAGUCAGACACUCCGAGUACGAGACCACGAUGUUCGUAGAUCUAGAUCCGGUCUAUUCCUGUCAGAAGUAGCUGACCUGGCAAAAGAGAAGAAAAACGUUUCGUCGCAAAAAUGCGAUAAUUUCUAAAUUUGUAAAACUUGGUUUUACGGUGGGAAAACAAAACUCCCUUUAAAUCGAACAGUAAUAUUUAUGGAGCUAUUUUCAAAGUAGGAAUAGCUAGUAUGGCUUUAAAAGAUUAUGGUAACAUUUAAAAUUUGAAGUUUGAAAUUCAAAUGCGAUUAGAAAAAGAAUGUUGGUUGCUAGUUUAGUAGUAAAUGUCCCACUUCCCACUUUCCUUUCUCUCCUUUGAAUUCCAUCUCAUUUCUUCUCGAUCUGGCAGAUCCUAUUUUUCAACUUCGUUUGCUGUCCAUCUCCACAUCCUUGUCCUUGUCAAUCUAACCGCGACAGGUGCUUGUCUCUUGUGGCUAUUUGUGCCACACACCUGCCAUUCCGCAUCAGCUUUUAGCUGUAGCUUAGUCUGUCCACUUUGGGGGAGUGUUCAGUAGUUACUUCUGGCAUUGUUAAGAGGCACUUGUAACCCCCUACUAGCUUCGUUAAUGUAUGUGACGCUAACAGUUAUAACACAUUUAGUAUCCUAUCCAAUCAACUCAUAUCAACUGAAAUCCAAACUAUAUUACAACUGUAAUUAUCAUAAAAUAAAACAAAAUGUUAAAAUAGUUUCUUCAUUAAUAUCAAUUUACAGAAAAUGGGUAUUUUUUUACUCUAUACCAUUUUAAGUUUAAAUUUUAUAUUUAAUACAACUUUGUUCACUAUACUUUUAUUUCAUUAUACCUGUAAGUCGGUGUGAUAUAUUUAUAAUUUUGUGAAUGCUUCUAUAAAACUAUAUUCAGACAACAUAGGUAUAAUAUUAUAGUUAUAAAUAUAUACUGUAGAUAUUAGUAGAAUAAAACUAACUUGUAUUUCACAAUGUACGUAUGGUUUUCAUCAGUCAAUAAUAGAAUUUAUUACCCAUAUGGUUUACAAUAAACGGUUACAUAAAUGUA